AUGGGGUUUGUUAAGGAGUGGAUUGAGCUGGUUGUGCAGUGCAUUAGUACUUUACUCUAUUCUUCUAAACGGUUCACCUCAAUUCCCCUUAAGCCUUCGAGGGGUAUUCGUCAAGGAGAUCCACUCUCACCCUACAUGUUCAUUUUAUGCUCAGAAGUUCUCACUAAUGCACUAAAUCAAUCUGAACAAAAGGGCUUAAUAUCUGGCUUCCCAAUUACUAAAGGCUCUUUGUCUGUUAACCACCUCUUUUUUUCAGAUGAUAGUCUGGUUUUUUGUAAAGCACAGUUGCAGGAAUGGAAUAGGCUACAUAACAUCAUCUCUUUGUAUGAAUCAACUUCGGGUCAAAGGCUAAAUCUUGAGAAGUCUUCAAUCUUUUUUAGCAAGAACACAAGGCAAGAGAUCCAAAAUUCUAUAUUGUCCACUGCUGGAAUUAAAGCCUCAGGGCCUUUUGAAAGAUACUUGGGCUUGCCUUCUUACAUAGGAAAGAGUAAAUCAAGGGCCUUCUUUCCAAUCCUUGACAGAAUCAAAGUUCAAAUGAGCAACUGGAAAACUAACCUGCUUUCCCCAGCAAGUAAAGAAGUCUUACUGAAAUCAGUCAUUCAAUCCAUACCUACAUAUUGCAUGGGCAUUUUUCUAAUUCCAAAAGGCAUAUUGAGGAACAUUAAUAAACUGAUGCAGUCCUUCUGGUGGGGCAUUAAAAAAAACCAAAAUUCUAAGAUGCAUUGGCUAAAUUGGAAAGGUCUUGGAAAAGGCAAACAAGUUGGGGGUUUGGGGUUUCGAGAUUUUGAAGACUUCAAUAAGGCUCUUUUAGCUAAGCAAGGGUGGAGGAUCAUCACUAAUACUCAAUCACUGGCCUCUCGAGUUCUGAAAGCCAAAUAUUUUCCAUCAACUGACUUUUUUUCAGAUAGAUGGCUGUCUAUUCCAACAUCUUACAAGUCUCAGUCUCCUCCCAAGGUACUUAGUCCUGAAGCUACUGUUAACUCUCUCAUCGAUCAAGACAGUUACUCGUGGAAUCUGCAUCUGGUUCAAAAUGUUUUCACUCCUGAAGAGGCUGCUAUUAUCUCUAGAAUUCAUGUUAGUCCAUGCAACAUCAAUGACAAGCAGGUCUUAAAACUAGUCUCCACUAGCAUUACAGACUUGGAAGAGCUUGAAAGAAACCAGCAGAAGACAUCUUCUCAGAUUCAACGUACAGCCAGGUGGUGCAAGCCUCCAAACAAUUUCUACAAAUUAAACUGGGAUGCAGCCAUUGACAAGGCUAAAUGUAGGGUGGGUAUCGGGGUGUCAAUCAGAGAUCGGUUGGGUCUCGUGACAGCAACUCUCAUAAGCCCUUGUAACUCCUUUCCUGAUCCACUCUUGGGAGAAGCAUUAGCUGCCUUGCGAACAGUACAGUUUGGUAUUGAACUUGGUCUGAAAUACAUCAUCUUCGAAGGGGACUCAAAACAAGUGGUACAUGGCAUAAAUGGCGCAGCUGAAGACUGGAGCACGGUGGGGUUGAUUUAUCAAGACAUCAAGAAGCUAUUAGGCACUUACCUUUCUUGGUCUGUUUGCCAUGUUCCUAGACAAGCUAACACAGUGGCACAUUGUUUGGCAAAAAGUUCUCUAGAUUUAUCUGAGGACUCAAUUCAUGUAGAGGAUUAUCCUCAAUAUAUUCACAGUUAUCUCAUUUGA